AUGACUGGAUUGCACGAUGGCCCGAUUGAAUAUAAUCGGGGAUGUUUGGCCGUCUACUGUGAGUUCGGUGGUUCAUUGCCCACCGGAGUCUUGCACCAACAAUACCGGUCGGAUUUCCCCGCACCACUGGACAACUUCAUCCAGACUGACGAAAACUUAUUCGGCUGUUAUCAAGAAGUGACUGCAUCCUCGAUAAUGGACUGUACACGC